CCACCUCGUAUCUUCUCCUCUUCUCGUAGAUUUUUUUGACGGCUUUGCCCAAUCAUUAAUUUCCCAAAAUCUCACGUUAGUUGUUGGCAAUACGGGAAAGGAAGAAAUAUCAGUCCGCCGAUAUAGUUGGAAGGACACUUUGCAUGAGCUCAAGGUUCUAGUUCUUGCUCUCAUUCGCUCAUUGAUGGCCACAGUGACCAAGCUUCAUUUGUGCCCGGGAAGGUUUGAUCAUCAAUUCGUCAGUUUUAGAGAGAACCCACGAGUGUUCUUGCCGGGUUUUAGCUGUUCGGGUUCGAAAUUGUUCGGGAAGCGGAGUGGGUUCUGCGUGCGACAUCAGUGCAGGUCGUUCAGGAGCGAAGAAGAUGGGAACAGACAGAGGAAUGGUGAGAAAUCGAAGGAAGAUGAGGUGGAGGUGGAGAGUGAGAGAAGUGGGAUCUUGGAGUCGAUGAGGGCUGUUUUUGUGGGUUGUUCUCAAGUGGGUUCGAAAUGGAAGGACGAUUACAGCAAAUCAGCGGCCAGGCUUGAGGAGAUCUUUUCCUCUGCUGCUCUUCAAAUUGGAAGAUACAUUAUAACCAUGAUGAGCACUGGAGUGAUUCUUGUGGUUGGUUUUCAGAUGUCAGGUGGAGAUAGUCAACUGGAUACAUUGAUCUGGUAUAGCUGGCUAGGAGGGGUUAUAAUUGGAACAAUGAUUGGUGCUAACAUGGUGUUAGAUGACCAUUGUCGAGCUGGUCCGCGUAAUGUGGUCAUCACUGGAAGUACGAGAGGGCUGGGAAAGGCACUUGCUCGCGAAUUUCUUCUUUCUGGUGACCGUGUCAUCAUUGCUUCUAGAAGCCCCGAGUCUGUGGACAUGACCGUCAAAGAGCUUGAACAGAACUUAAUGGAAGCGAAACAGGCCGUGAGUGGCUCAUCUAAGACAAGUUUGGCACAUGCAAAAGUGGUGGGAAUACCAUGUGAUGUUUGUAACCCUGAAAAUGUGCAGAAUUUGGCGGAUUUUGCUGUUAGUAAGCUUGGUUCUAUAGACAUUUGGAUAAACAAUGCUGGCAUAAACAAAGGAUUUAGACCGUUGCUGCAGUUCUCUGAUGAAGAUAUUCAACAGAUCGUAUCAACAAACCUAGUCGGCUCAAUACUUUGUACUCGAGAAGCCAUGCGCGUGAUGAAAAACCAGUGUAAGGGGGGCCACGUAUUUAACAUGGAUGGGGCAGGGUCUGGCGGAUCAAGUACUCCUUUGACGGCUGUCUAUGGGUCAACAAAGUGUGGUCUGCGGCAGCUUCAGUCAUCACUCCUUAAGGAGUGCAAGCGGUCGAAGGUGGGAGUUCAUACUGCAUCUCCUGGCAUGGUUCUCACAGAUUUACUUCUGAGUGGCUCGACAAUUCAGAACAAGCAAAUGUUCAACAUUAUUUGUGAGCUUCCUGAAACGGUUGCUAGAAGUCUAGUUCCUCGGAUGCGAGUUGUAAAAGGGACGGGCAAGGCGAUCAAUUAUUUAACCCCUCCUAGAAUCUUACUGGCUUUAAUCACUGCGUGGUUGCGACGAGGUCGCUGGUUCGAUGAUCAGGGGAGGGCUUUGUACGCUGCAGAGGCUGACCGACUUCGCAACUGGGCCGAAAACCGCACUAGAUUUUCUUUCACCGAUGCAAUGGAGAUGUACACUGAGAACACUUGGGUGUCGGUUUUCUCGCUCUCCGUCGUGUGUGCCUUCAUAAUUCUUUCCACCACAGGCAGCUCAUUUCCGGGCACGUGACGAGCUCCAAUGAAGCAUUGCAGCAAGAAAGCCGACAAGAAAGCAGAAGUAACUUAGUGCCUCGGUCCAGAAGAGCAGCAUAAGGAUUAUGCAAGCAGCUGGUGUUAUUGUCUUCAAUCCAGCAUUCAUAUGCUCUUCGUGUGAUGUCUGGGCUUCUUGCUCGUGAAUUGUCGAACUUGUUCGGAUUUCUUGGAUCGCAGGCCCAGAUGCCCGAUGACCCACGUUCUGAGAUCCCUCUACAGGGUCAACGGGUUCUAAGAUAUUGCUCUGUAGCUAGCCAUUGAAUUGUAGAAAUCUAAUUUUAGUGUCAUCUUUCACUUUUCCACAAUAUUCCUCUGAUUUUUUUCAAUGAAUUACUUUAGUUUAAGCUGUC